AUGUCUCUCCCUCACCUUCAAGAGUUGCCAGCUCCUCAUGUGGAGCUGGUCAAUUAUAUCCACGACCACCCGGAAAAGACGAUGAUUGAUAUCAUGGAACCCUAUCGCAAGUAUGAGGGCCAGCUUCGUUCUGUCUUCGCCCAGGACCGCAAGAACCCGGCUCUUGACGACCCUCACAUCAAUCUUGUGCCAUUGUUCAACGAAAACACCAAGAACAUCAAGGUUCGAGCGCGUUCUCUGGACUCUGAAACUCAAGAGGAGAAGGACCGCUACAUAAUGGCCCUUCCAGAUGACAAGCGACGACCCAAUGGCUCUCCUGCCGUGGUCUCGUCCCUCAAGGAGUUCCAGAAGAACUUCAACGUCUUCUCCGAAUCCUCCCUCGUCGAUAUGAACUGGGAUAACGUCGUUGCCGCUGGAUCCUCCGUCAUCAACACCCUUCUGCCGGUCCCCGCUGAGUUCAACACUUCCAAGCGCAAACUUCGGGAAUACUACCACGAGAAGUUCUGUCCGGCAUCUGACGUUGAUCUCUUCCUCUACGGACUGACCCACGACGAGGCCAUUGAGAAGAUCAAGGAGAUUGAGACUGCGGUUCGAGACGCCAUUUUGACUGAGGUCACUGUCGUUCGCACCAAAUAUGCCAUCACGAUUGCCUCUCAAUACCCCACGCGACAUAUCCAGAUUGUCUUGCGCGUGUAUAAAUCCAUUGGAGAGAUUCUCACUGGUUUCGAUAUCGACGCGGCUGGUGGAGCCUACAACGGAAAGCAAGUUUGGGUGACUCCGCGAGCUUUGGGCAGUUUCAUCACUCAGAUCAACCAUAUCGACCUCACUCGUCGAAGCCCUUCCUAUGAGAACCGUCUGUCCAAGUACAGUCAUCGCAACUUCGAAGUCUACUGGCCUGAUCUCGAUCGCAGCCGCAUCGAUCCAACCAUUUUCGAGCGCAGUUUUCAGAGAACCCUCGGCCUGGCUCGACUGUUGGUCCUGGAACGACUCCCCACAUCAUCCGUUCGUGACGAAUACCUCAACAAACGGAGGCAGGAGAGAGGUCGUCCAGCAGCAAAUCGCUACAACCCCCACCAGCUAUUUGGCAACAUCAAAGACAGCCACGAGGAUGAAGUUGCAGACUGGGUUGAUGAGACCGACGUGUCCAACUACCAUACAUUCACAGUUCCCUACGGCCAGCAUUUCCAUGCGAAGAAGAUUGAGAAGCUUUGUUACACUCGAGAUUUGCGUAAGCUUUUCCAGCCUUAUGCACACAUCAUUCCCCGACUGACUCAAUUCCUAGUCCUCAACGCCGAGUGGAACCAACCCAAGGAGAGGGAGGUCCACCUUCACCGACAUCCUGCCUUCUUUGGUCGCGUCGAGGACGUCAUCGAAGAUUGCUGUGGCUCCUGUCCCAAACCAUCAACCCCGGAGGAGGUGGAGGCGGCCGAGAGGGAGGCUGAAAUUUACAUCUCUGGAAAGGUCUCAUUCCUGAUCGACGAUCCCGGACGACAGCAAAUCGGUUCCUUCAACCCUCUCAACGAGGAUGACUGGACAGACAUGGCCUACGUCGGAAACACAGCGCGUCUCUCCCAGAGUAUUGUGAACGGCGAUAUCAACGAAGUUUUGGACUGGUUAUCCCAGGAAGGGGCCGACCCAAACAAGAGGUCACACACUGGGUUUUCAGCAUUGCAUCUGGCUGUGAUGGGCUCGACGCCUGAGAUUGUUCGUUGUCUUGUCGAGCACGGAGCUAGGUUGACUGCUCGUCUCGCUGAUGGCCGGACCGCUCUUCAUCUUGCUGCCGAGCGAGGCAAUGUAGACAUGAUCAAGAUUCUCAUGGAGAAGAGCAUUGCGAACGAGGAAGAAGAGGAUGAGAAGCAGGAUCGCCGCCGCAAAGACAUGCGUACCAAGUUGCAAGACGGUUCCUCCCGGAGCGUCCCCGAAGAUGACGCGUCAAUGAACGGGAACACCAACAACGAGGGCGACGAUGAGGACUCUGACAUUGACAUGGUCGAUGCCGGCAAUACCGAAGCUGAUUCUUUGGCUACAGGAUCCUUCGUCAAGGUCAAAGAUGAAGACAAGAGCAAGGAAGAUCUCGUGCUGGAGGAAUCCACCGAUGAGCCCGACUUUUACAAGAUUGACGUCUUGGCUUGGGAUAUCCCCUGCUCCCCCCUUCAACUAGCAAUCUCGGAAGGACACGAAGAGGCCGUCAAGGCUCUCUGUGAGUUCGGAAGCGACGCUCUUCUCCCAGUCAAAUUCCUCGACUCUGAGAAGCAACCCACAGCCGCAAUUCUUACCCUUGCGCUUGCCCUAUCGCUACCUGUCGAGAAGGCUAAGUCUAUGGCUCUCUUGUUAUUGAAGCUGGGCGCUACUUCAUCCCAAGCGGAUCUCAACGGGUGCACCGCCUUCCACCGCUACGUUGAAAACGGUAGCCAGGAGAUGAUUGAUGCGCUGUGGGAGCAUGAUAAGGCCGGUCUGAAGACCGCUCUAAACCACAUGGUGUUUGGCAGCCGCUACUGGGACCCCCAGGCAAUUGCUCCUCUUCACACAGCCAUCGAGAAUGGAGACUCAAUCUUGGUGCUCAAGCUACUCGAAGCUGGCGCUAAUCCUCAGAUCGACUUCGACACCUGGCUGAAGGCAGUCAAAUUCUCCAAGGCAUCCAACCGACUCAGUACCUAUGAGGAAAAUAAGAAGCUGUUCCAGCGGUCAGUGACACAGCCCCUGAUCGUUGCCAUCAGGGGAUGUUCCGACCCGGAAAUAGCCCUCAAACUCCUCGAGAACGGCGCAGACCCCAACACUUUGACCAACGAAUCACACCAGGUAAUCUCGGACGAAUGGCAACGACGAUACAAUAAGGGCCAGUCUAUUCUGGAUCUCGUGCGAAACCAGCUGAAGCACCUGCGCGAGUACAAGGGCGAGAAGACGUCUCUCAAGAAGCCUUCUUUACCCGGCGGCAUCGACGACUUCCUCCGAACGUACGAAGAGGGGACUUAUCAGCAUUGGAUGUUCUCUCAGAACAUUGAAUACCGCAAGGCAAGCUAUGAAAGGAAACUCGAACGGUACGAAGAAGAGAAGAAGAAGCACGCAGAGACCAAGGGUGCGUCUGAGAAGAUGGAAGCCAUUAAGGACGUCAUCGCAACGCUCGAGAAGGUGGAGAAGACCAUCAUUGACAAGGGAGGCAAGACUUUCGAGGAGCUGUACUCCGAUAUCAAAGCUCCCGAAGACGACUCGAGCAAUCGUGCUUCUUCGCCUGAGGAGAGACUCAACCUAUACGACUACAACAUUUCUUUCAGCGGCGUGACUGACGUCACUGAAACGAGGAGGGCUGCCUACCUGGAGAUGUUUGAGGCUGCAUGGGCCGGAAAUGUGGACAAGAUCAAGAGUCUUACUUUGCAAGCUUGGGGCAAGGAUCAAGAUGAGCCACCGCUGAAAAUCUCUGUCAACGACGAUAGACAUAAUACGCCUUUUUCAUUGGCGUUUCUUCGCGGUCAUUACGACGUAGCAUCGGCAAUUUUGGAGAUUGUCAUGGCUCAGUAUGCCCCGGAGGAAGAGGAGGCAACCCGGUACAAGCUGGACAACGGCAAUUCCGACGACGAGGACGAGGAGUCCUACGAAAGCGACGCAGAUUUCAAUGACGAACCCAAGAUCAUUUCAGAGAUCGUCGAUAAGAAGUUUACGAUUGAGAACAUUGGUCAGGUGUCAAUGCAAGUCAAGUCGACUGUCAAGCCCAUUGAGUUUUUGACUGAAAGCGUGCAAGCCUUUGCGAUGGCGAACGGCAAGCCGAGGAACGAUUGUAGACAAUCCCUGUUCAUGUUUGUUGUGCAACAAGACGACCAAGCCGGAUUGAAGGUACUCCUCGACAUGGCGACCCACUUCGCUGGUCAGAAGCUCAUCGACGGCCGACACGGCGAGGAAGAAGAGGAUGUCGGAGGGCGCUUUUCGUUCCCGGAAGAUGCCUUCCUUCGGGCUGUCCAAGAAGGCAGAACCACAGUUUUGGCCGAGAUCAUCAGCCGAACCGGCGCGGGCAUUCCGCUGGACGACCUUGUCAAGAAGAGUGGCAUCGAGAUGAAGAGGAAGCCGAGAUAUUACCAGGGAUUGACGGUCUACGGAAAGAAGAGGAAGGACUGGGCAACAGCAGGGCGCAACAUGGUUGUCAGGUCGACCGGGAUGAAGACGCCGCCCCUCCUCCAUGCUGCCCUCAAUGGCAACAUUGCCAGUGUGGAAUGGUUCCUCAGCGAUGCCCCGCAUCGCCAUUACACCGACUUUGGAAAGUCCAAGACAGCCCGGGAAGAUCCCAGACUGAAGCAUCUCAGCCAGUCGCCUGGAGGGUUCGAGCGCGCCAUUUCCAAGUGGCUAGGCAUUCAGAAUGAGCUCGUCUUGCACUGCGCCGUGAUGGGACCGUCGAACGAGGCCACCGAUAGGACGGUCAAGUACCUCAUCCAGGCGUGUCCCAACUCCUUGGAGUACAAGUCGACCUCCGGCGAAACGCCCCUCUGGCUCGCCUUCUUCUUUGGCAAACUCGAGAUCGCCAAGAUGCUCAUCAAGGCCGGCGCGAACCAGAUGAUCCGUAACAACGCGGGUGACAACAUCAUCCAUGCUGCCUUGGACUGCUCUCCCAAGGCCUGCAGGCUCCGUCCCAUGCUGGAAGUCGUCGACUCGAGCAUCGUCACCCAUUUGUUCCAGCAGCGCAACAACCUUCACGAAAGCGGCACAACCCCUCUGCACUCGUGGAUCACCAGCGCCUGUCGAGGAUACCAUUACGCCUACAGGAAGUCGUACGACAAUGACGACCAGAUCCUCGAGGUUCUCGGCUUGAUUCUGGAGUACUCCAAGGGCUCCGAGCUGGAGGUGCUCUCAGGUUCCGGCGACACUCCUCUGCACACGGCCGUCAUGUCCCGGAACAAGCUCCUCACCAAAGCUCUGCUCGAAUACAACCCCAAGCUGUUGUACCGCGAGAACGCCGUCGGCCGUACCCCCGCAGAAAUCGCCCGCGAGGAAGUGACCGGCGAGAAACUCACCGCGCCGGACACCAUCUCCUUCCACUUCAAGAACUACAACAACGACAAGGAACCGCGCGCGCUGGUCAACCGCAAUGCCGACACCUUUGUCGAUUACAAGAACCGCAGUGCCUGGACAACCACGUCCUUGACGGACAAGCAACGGGUCUGGGAGAUUGUCCGCUCUGUCCUCGAGCAGUGCCCCGGCAAGCGCCGUCUCGUCUCCCUCAACGAAGCAAACGACGUCGCCAAGCGUCUGGGGGAGAAGUACAACAGCACUCGCUACUUCAACAUCCGGGCGCGCAACGACGAGUACGCCGACGCCGAAGAGAACGAAGCCAAGGAGGAGAACAAGGAGGAUUUCGUGGCUCACUCUCGGCGGGCAAGAAGUACUCAGGCUUGGUGCUUCCCCGUAGACGAUGCACAGCCCACGUGUGCGGGCUGUGGGGAGAAACACGCCUAA